AUGAAGUACUGGAUCGACCGUUACAAGGCUGCGAAAGAUUGGAACAGGAACCAGAGCGGGGGAAAUCGAAAACAGUCGAUCUUCUACGAGGAGAUCGACGAAACUCUCGGUUGCAGAGAUGGCGUGACACUCCGUCACGUUGCUCAAGCUGGUUCCAGCUCUGGUGUUUAUGCCGUUGUGGAAGCAAACAAUGAAGAGGAGAUCCCUGAAGGCGAAGACAGCAAAAAAGUGAAAAGAACCCAAAGAAAAAUGAGCAGGAAGAGAGCAAGGGAAGAAGUAAAAAACGACGAGGAGAAGGAAAUGUUUAAAGCAGCAUUUUCAGGCAUGGAUGAGCAGCGCAAAGAAAUGAGUUCAUUUAUGGCCAAUUUUAACCGGGUACAGGAACAACAGUUAAACACGAUGAACGCUCUUGUAGGUGCUUUAACCAAUUUUUUGAAGAACAAUAACAACUGA